UAAAAACUCUUUGAGACUAGGGCUUCCUUAAGAAGGUGCAGCAAACCAGCAAUUUGUUCUAUAUGGAUUCAGAGGAAGCAUCAAGAAUGAGCAGUACAACAUGUAUUACCGAUCUCACGGAUGAUAGUUUAUCAGAAAUCCUUAAUCGAAUUACUUGCAAGUCUACUUUCGUCUGCAAGUCAGUGUGCAAACGGUGGUUCAAUCUUAUUUCAAAUCCUGAUUUUGUCAGUGGCUUCAUAGCUCACCAAAACCGCCACCAACCACCACCACCGGAGUUACUGUUCGGCAGCUUUGGGAAUUUAACUCCCCAGGCCCAACCUGAUUGUUUGCAGGCUAAGCCUUCCCUUAGUUUCUUGCCGUGUUUCGAUCACGAGAAACCUGACAAUGUUCAAAUUGUGGGUUCCUGCAAUGAUUUAUGCUUAUGCCUUGAUGUGGAGAAGUUGAUAUGUUAUAUUUGCAAUCCUUUUACAAACCACUUUGCUGAACUCCCUCCUCUUCCUUCCAGACCGUUACUUGCCGGUUUCACAUGUCAGCCUUACUAUUGCUCUGCUGGUGCUAUUAAUUCCGAGUUUAAGUUUGAGGUGGUUGCUGUUUUUGAUUACGGUCCAAUUCUAAGUCGUCCUCACCUUAAACAAGCAUUUCUCGCCAAAUAUUUUACAUCGGAAAGCAAACAAUGGUCCGAUGCUGUUACGGGAUUUAUAGCAGCGGAUGUGAUAGUGAACGAGUCUUCGCUCAUCUCUCCUGCUGUUCCUCACCGCAAUAAAAUGUACUGGCUCGUCAAAAAUGGGAUAUUCUACUAUUCAGCCUACAGGCGCAGGUGCUUUCGUUUUUUACCUAAAAGAACAACUUGGAUGCACCUUGGUCUAGGUCGCGACUCAUUGCGUUUAUUUAAAGUCUACAAAACUCGGAUGAUAAUUAAGGAAAUUUAUACUCUCAGAAAGUUUUCAAUUAUCCAAGUCGAUUUAAGGAAUAUGAAUAUGCCUAAUGAUCUAAGGAAUAGAUCCAUUACGCAAGGCAAAUUUAUUGGAAAGGUGAUAGGCGUCUCUCCUAAUGAUCCGGACACUAUCUAUUUGAAUAUGGAUAAGUGUUCUGUAGUUUCGUGCAAUUUAAGAACCGAUACUUGGAACAAGUAUGAUUGCGACACAUCCAAUCUCGGCAUACACAAUGUCGUUGUGCUUCCGGUUCCAUAUUGGCCAACUCCAAUUCUUUCAUUCCCAUCUCAUAAUUAGUCUGAUAUAAUCUUGAUCUCAUAUUUAGUCUUUAUGCAAUCUUGAUCUCAUUUUUAGUCUUUAUGCAAUCUUGAUCUCAUUUUUAGUCUUUAUGUUAUCUUGAUCUCAUAUUUAGUCUUAUGUAAUCUUGAUUUCAAUUUUACUAUGCUUCAAACAAUGAGCCAAGGUAUUUUUUAUUUUACAAUUA